UGCAGCAGUGAGAAACUCAACAGCAACAGAGCAAUGAACAAGACAGCUGAGCAGCUGAUGAGAAGAAAAGAAAUGAUCAAACAUGAGGAACUAAAAACAGGCCUUAUGCAUCCUUUGAUUGUUGGAAUAUAUUUUACACCCUUAAGAACUGGAACAUAAAAACCAGCAAAUCUAUUGGAGAACAAGAUGCAUCAGGUGUUCAUUGGAGCAAGAGCUGAAUGAACUGGUUAUUGAUCACAGAGAAACAAUAGAUAUUGAUAUAGCUCUUUAUAAAUGACCUGGACUGAUUCAGGAUCAGGAGUGUAAAGUGCUUUUGAUGCUGUCAGAAUGUUUUAUAUGGAUUUAAAGUCCAGAGAGGAGAAUGUGCAGCGAUUGGUGCGAUCUAAACCUGUGCUGCGUGGCAAAAUGUGUCGACCGCAACUGCGUUUCAUUCUUCGACCGCAUGAGCAAUGCUCAACCAGACAAACUCAAACUAAAACUCCCCCGAUUACCAGGGACUGCAGUCUCAGCGCGAUGAAUGUAGAGUCCUGGGACCCUCGGGACCCGCAGCCGGACUCAACUGACCUCUCGAUCUCACAGCCGCAGCAGCUUGAUAAACUCUGUCUGGAGUCUUUCUGGAGCGAAGUUGAGACAAUACGACAAAACAGUAGUGACUCCGACGGCAGCCGACGAGACUCACGACAGUCUGAAGACGGCGAGCAGGACGAGCUCUGGCUGCAGGACGCUGGAUUGUCGCCGUUGGCAACCAGUGAAGGAGAGGAAGUUGAUAAAGUGGUGUUGUUGUCAACGCUCACUAAGACACAAGCAGCGGCGGUUCAGAGACGCAUCGACUCGUACACGUGUUCACUGCACAAGAGAAACAAAACCCCACCACGACACGUCAAAGACAUCUUUAGCUCCUCCAUCCCUCAGUCCCCAGUUUCUGAGACACACAACAGUGAAUCUGACACACACACAAACAUGGAGAGCAUCACAAAGACUCAACGAUCAGCUGUCAGUGUUCAGGACUCUAUAGGAGCUCUACAGAAGGAUGAGAUCUUCAUCACUGAUGUGGCAUAUUGUGAACAAGCUGCUAUUUUACUGAAACUUGCCAAACUACCACAGAACAACAGCAGCCAGUACAGAAGAGAUGAUGGAAUUCUGCCGAGGGUGAUCUGUCCUCGGUGUCGUUUGGGUGUGACGCGGGUCGUGGAUCUCUCACAUCAGGACAUGAAGAAGGUCCGUCAGCUAGCUUUGAUAGACAUGACAGCGCUGUGCGACCUGCUGGAGCUUGAGGUCAAACGACACAAAACCUGCAAGAGGAAGAUUCCUGAGAGCUGUUUGUUUGGCGUUCCUCUCGCCUCAUUGGUGGAAAACGAUCAGAAGAUCAGACCCAACAUUCAGGUCCCUCUCUUCCUUCAAGCACUUCUGUCAUUUCUAGAGAAGAAAGGUCUCGAUUCUGAAGGGAUUCUGCGGGUUCCAGGAUCUCAAUCCAGAAUUAAAGUGUUGCAGCAGAAGUUGGAGAAGUCGUUUUAUGGCGGUUCGUUCAGUUGGGAUGAUGUCAGUCCAAAUGACGCCGCGGCUCUGCUCAAGAAAUUCAUCCGAGAGCUGCCAGCGCCGCUUCUGACCGUCGAACACCUCAACACAUUCAGCGCUGUGAGAGAUAUUUCUGAACUGAAGCAGAAGUUACAUGUGUUAAAUCUGCUGAUCCUGCUGCUGCCAGAGCCAAACAGAAACACACUCAAGGCUCUGUUGGAGUUUCUCAGUAAAGUCGUCUCUUUUGAGCAUCAGAACCGUAUGAAUCUGUGGGCCGUCUCCACCAUCAUGGCUCCAAAUCUCUUCCUACAUAAAGCCGUGCCGAGCAAACUCUCAGUAGACGGUCAAGAGAAAGGCCAGGCGGAGCGAGCGGCUGAUAUCAUGAGACUCCUCAUUCGCUACCAGGACCUGCUGUGGACGGUUCCUAACUUCCUGAUGAGUCAAGUGAGAAAACUGAACGAGAACAGCAACCGGCGCUAUCAGUUCUACGACAAACGCAUCAAAAACCUGCUGAGGAAGAUCCACACGGACAGCAAAGACAAAGCCGACAAGAACUUAGCUGAGCGGUGUCGUACUGUAAAGAUCCAGCUAGGUGACGUGAGUUUCUCGAUGGAGUUUCGUCUCACAGUUAACUCUCGCGCUGCUGAUCUGCUGUCACAGUUUUAUAAAGAACUACACACCUCUGACAACAGCAGGGGAAUCAUCAGACGAAAUGGCUCAACAAACUACCCAGACUGUGCCAUUUAUGAAGUAGGUGGAAAUAUUGGUGAACACUGUCUGGAUCCAGAAACACAUUUGUUUGACCUGUAUAACAACAACCCGAGUGGAGAGUGGAUUAUUAAACUGAAGUCUGCCAGCAGAGGGCUGUAGAGACACAUGAGACACAAACACUCCUCCAUCUGUUCCCUUUAUAGCUCAUCCACUUCAUUGUCACAAUGCAAAUGAAACCAAGAGAGCUUUCACACACAUACACAUAUGCAUACGAUUGUAAGCGUGACUUUGAGGUUUGUAUCAUUGACUUUCAUCUCACUCAGAAGCUGUGAGAUGCUGAUGAGAAUGAUACAGAGGAUGCCAUACUGUUACUGAUGUGAUGAAGCUGGACUUCUGUGUUUGAUUUGGACAUUUUUGCGUUUGUGUUUUGAUGAUGAACGGCCGCUUGAGAUUGUACGCAUUAUUGCACCAUUAAUUAUCAUUAUUUAUUAUUUAACUGCUAGUGCGUAAUUGUGUUUGAUUAUGUGAGAUGAAUGAAUAUCUGAGGUGCCAUUUUGUACAUAUCUUGUGCCUCAGUAUUAAAGACAUGAAGGUUUCAGAUUUCUACCACAUUUCUAGAAAUCUCUACAAUGUUGCUGUAGCUCUUUCUAGCUACAAGGCAUCUUUUAAAGCUAAACGUGCACUCUAUUUCGACUGUUUUCAUCAAAAUGAUCUGUUUUUGUACGAUAUUGAACUGUUUUGAAAUCUUUUUGAUACAAUUUGUAUUAAGACACUAACCUCAUGAUUGAGGCUCACACAUUCAGAGAUAUUAUUAUGUUACACACACACACACACACACACACACACACACAUUUGUCAUUAUAACAGCUCAUAUAGUUCUGUCAGAGAGUUGUGCGAGUGCUAGUGAAAUUGUGUUGUGUAAUAGUGUAUAACAUCCAUCAAACACUGUCACGCCUCUUCCUGCUCAACAAACACACACACACACAUACAUGCGCACACACUCACACACACACACACACAUACAUACACACACACACACACUCAUACACACACACACACACAUAUACAUACACACACACACAUACUCAUACACACACACACACACACAUAUCACACGCACACACACACGCACACACACACACAUACACACACAUCACAUGCACACACACUCACACACACACACACAUAUACAUACACACACACACAUACUCAUACACACACACACACACAUAUCACACGCACACACACACGCACACACACACACAUACACACACAUCACAUGCACACACACUCACACACACAUACACACACACACACACACACUCACACACACAUACACACACACACACACACACACAUAUCACAUGCACACACACACACACACACACACACACACACACACAGUGAGAGAAUGUGUAAAUGUUAAGCAUCAGAUUUUAGUCUCCAGCUCUAUAGUGCACUUGAUGCAAAGCACUUGAGAAGUAUUACCUAUAAAUGAUUUAUGGAAUUUAAAGUUCUAACCAAAAGAAUCUACAAAGUAGAUUUUGAUAUUUCUGAAGAAUGUGUUGUUUGCCAAUGCAAAACCGCCAUGAUUCUUGGGUGUUGUAAGUGGUUUGAGGGAAUUCCUAUGCGGUUACUAGGGUGUUCUGGUUGGUUGCUGAGUGGUUUCUUACUAACCCAAAUCAAAAGAGUCUCUAUAGUAUUAUGGUCUCUAGAUAUAGCUCAAGACCCUCCUUCAAUGCCAGGAUGUCCCAUGUUUUGGCUGAAAUGACGAUGCACCUAUUGUCUCAUAUUUUAGCAGCGAAAAUGAAAAUCGUAAGUCUGAUCGCUUAGAAAAGUACUAGCACACCUGUCUUCAACAAGCUGCGUGAUUUGAGGUGUCUUAAGCCGCUUUUCCACCAUCAGGCCAAACCGUUCUUGUGUGGAACAGUGCUAUGACCUAUGACCAGUCCUGAAUGGACUGACUGUGCAAAUGACCAAUCUUGAGUCGCUACGUCAAUAAAAGUGUUCCUCCAGCACGGUUCUCAGUCCUGAGUGGGCCAAAAUAUCCAUACUUCCCUGCUAUGUCCGAAUCCUAAGUAUUCAUAAAACAGAAAGCGAGAAAUAUCCGGAUGAUCAGCUAUUUCCGGCGAGAUUCUGAAGUGCGGAUCGACUGGACACUUUACGAUCCCAUUAUCCCUCUGGAGCUGAGGUGACGUCACGUUCAACACGCCAUAUAAUAAAUAAAAAGUUGGACAACCGCGAGUUGGACGGCUCUAUUCAACUGUAGGUGUGAUGUAUAUAACAAGAGAGUUGUUUCUUGUGCUUAAGUGGUGCUUGUUUAACAAAACCAGAGUUAAUUAUUUUCACCGUUUGUUGUUAUUAGGUCAUAUAUUCAUGUCAUCGGUCAAUACCCAUGUCCUCAGAUGAAGUAUGUCCGCACUCUAUUCAUACUACCUACAUGAGUACCCAAAGAAUGUACUUUUUUACUGGCCAAAAAGUGCAUCCUUCAUCAAAAGCAGAAGAUUUUCUGACAGUAAGCUAUUUUGGACGCAGGUAAACACAUAUGCGAGCGCUUAGCCAUCGCAUUGCCAACACGUGGCCCAGUUGAACAUGCGUAACGUGCGUUCCUGCAUGACCGUGGAGGGAACAAAACUCAGUACUCUUUUGUAUGUACUGGAUGUGUUAAUAAAGAGCUGUUCAGGUUGUAGUCCAAAAACCCGGAAGACAAUUAGGAUUUUCGAACCAUGGGUUCCCUCGGGAAUUUCCUUUGGGUUUUUUUAGAAUAGGGAUUUUCAAAUUACGAUUAAAAUAAAGCCUAGUCACAGUUUACGUGACACACAGUCAGACCUCAAACAAUAGUUUUGAAGCUACUGUGUUUUUUAAAAACAUAUGUUGCUAUCACAAUGCUAAUUAUGGACUACAACUCCCAUCAGCCUGUGAGCUACUUGCUUUACGAAAUGGACGACUGUUGUAGUCCUUAUUUAGCAACAGGUUAGCAACAUGCAUUUUUAAUAGACACAAUGAUUUAGCCAUAUGGUUCUAUUUUGCAAAGUUGCUAUAAAUCUAUUGACUUUCAGUAAUUGCUCAGCAAUAUUAUCUUCAAACUGUUGCUCCGCCAUGACUUGGAAAGUAGACUUGAAAGAGAAAACUCACCGUUGAAGUGUGCAGGUCACACUAACCGUGCUAUAGAGCCCCUUGUUACAAUAUUGAGAAAGCAAUGCAUACUUGCUUUGUGUUAAGAAUUACGGUCUGGCACAUUUUGGAACACAACUACGCACAAAAUUGAGCUUGUUGAGUAUGUUUCGACCUUAACUGUGCUGAGAAAUGAUUUGUAAUAGAACCAUACCGAACCGUGCUCAUGAGGAACUGCUACUGGAACCAUUACUCGUUACGUUACUGGAAAAUAGUGAUGCUUGACUUAUUAAAUACCAGUAAUAAAACCUGUAAUAAACCCCAACAAAACCAGAACUGAACAUUCAACACUUAACAAAACAUAACCAACAUGUGUUAUGUAUCAGUACUGUUGUAUUCGACAUGUAUGGCAUUUGAACACAAUACACACGAGAUGUCAGCGCAGUGUAGUGUUGUGUAGUGUUGUGUAGUGUGUGUGCAUGUCACAGUUGGUUGGUCAGGGACAAAGACGCCAGAAGAAUCUGCUGUCAGCAGUAAUAAUCAGAUCUGGGUCACCACUGGAGCCCCCCACCACACUCACACUGACGCCCGCGGCGACACAUGCACAACUUCCCAUACACACACACAUGUAUAUGUUCAUCUCAUACAGGAUACAUGUGUUCACAUUAAAGAUCAUAUGCUCAGAUAUCUAACCAGCUAAUGUAAAAAACUGAACUCACAUGCAAGAUGAAUUGAACUGUUUGUUUUUUCUGUGACAUGAACAUAAAGUGAGUGGCAUGUAAAAUACAAAUGUUGACCAUUUUUCUGCAUUCUCUGAAUGGACAGUGUUUUCUUUUCCAAGUCUUAUAAUCAAUAUUUCUCUCGAGCAGAACAAUGUGUUCUGUCUUACAAACUAAAGCUCUUCCAAUGUGAAAGAUAUUGAAGUAAAUGCUUGUAUGUGACUGCAGCUUGUGUGAAAGGUUUUGUAUUUGUGAUGUAAUAAAAUGACUU